AUGGCCAACAACACCGCCGCUUUCCAACCCAAGAUCCCUAUAUCCACGUGGCGGUCCGAAUACCCCAACGCUAAGAUCAUGAUCGCAGUCGGCGGAUGGGGUGACACUAUAGGUUUCUCUCAAGCAGCGAAGGACAACGCGGCAAUUCAGAAGUUCGGAACAGACAUCAAGAGCAUGCUGGCGGCAACUGGUGCUGAUGGCGUGGACAUCGAUUGGGAGUAUCCCGGAGGCAACGGUGCUGAUUACAAGGAGACUCCUAACUCAGCGAAGACAUACGAAAUUGCAGCGUUCCCCAAAGUUCUUGCUGCUAUCCGCAAGGCUAUUGGCAAAGAUAAGCUACUGUCUAUUGCCGUGCCCGGAAAGAAGAUCGACAUGAUUGCCUACACCGACGAGACCGGUCCUCUUAUAUGGCCUUCUGUUGAUUACAUCAACCUCAUGGCCUACGAUCUUAUGAACCGCCGCGAUACCAAAACCGCACACCACACCAGUGUCAAGGGCGCGACCGAAGUCGUCAAGAACUACAUCGCCAUCGGCGCCCCUCCCUCAAAGAUGAACCUCGGUUUCGCUUUCUACGCCAAAUACUUCCAGACCGCGUCUUCAGGCUCCUCGCAGUCUGCGCUCGGCAUCCCCAUCGUCCCUGCCGAAGACGCCGCCGGCAAAGACACCCUCACCUCCGGCGCCUGGACCUUCGAGCCCGCCCACAUGAACCCCGUCAAUGUCACCAGCCUCACCAUCAGCCAGGACGGAACCUGCGGCCCAGACAAAGGCACCAAAUGCGCGACUGGCUGCUGCUCCCAAUACGGCAACUGCGGCGUCACCAAGGAGCACUGCAACGGCGCGUGCCAACACGCCUUCGGCACGGGCUGUACCGACCCAGACAUCGCGGGCUCCUGGCAGUCUGCUGCGGCAGGUGGUCUCGCGGAUGAAGAUGCCGGCGGCCAGUACUUCCUCGAUACGGCAAACAGCUUAUUCUGGACGUGGGAUACGCCCGAGUUUAUUAGCCAGAAGUUUAGCAAGAUUGUGCGGAAGUAUAAGCUCGGGGGUGCGAUGGCGUGGAGCUUGGGCGAGGACAGCGCGGAUUGGAGCCACAUCAAGGUCAUUAGCAGCGCAGUCGACGAAGGCGGCACCUGCGAUUGUCAAUGUGGAUGGGGGAGAGGAUGUUGA